GGACGGGCUCCUCUUUCUAGGUACCAAUCUGCGCUGGUCAAAUCUCUUUCUGUCUGUAUUCCUCAUUCGCCAACGUGGCUGAAUAGAACAGCCUUUUGCUGUGAUUGAUUUCGCCGAUUGCUGAUUUCUUUAAGCUUCUGAUUCUGCUUCUGCCUUCUACGUAUCAAAGGAAUUCACGAUAAUGGCGGUUUAGGUGCUUCUGUGGUUAGGGUUUUGGUAAAAUUUCCGAGAAGAAAUGAAAGGCGGAAGUGCCGCGAAGCUGAUCGUUGAUGCGCUUCUACAGCGAUUUCUUCCCCUUGCUCGGCGCCGUAUCGAAACGGCUCAAGCUCAGGAUGGGCAAUACCUUCGACCAUCAGACCCUGCUUAUGAGCAGGUAUUAGAUUCCCUAGCUAUGAUUGCCCGGCAUACUCCAGUUCCUCUCCUAGAGGCUCUUCUUAGAUGGAGGGAGAGCGAAUCUCCUAAAGGUGCAAAUGAUGCAUCUACAUUCCAAAGAAAGCUAGCUGUGGAGUGUAUUUUCUGCUCAGCGUGUAUACGAUUUGUGGAGUGCUGCCCACAGGAGGGACUUACAGAGAAGCUGUGGUCAGGGCUUGAGAAUUUUGUGUUCGAUUGGUUAAUUAAUGCUGACAGGGUUGUUAGUCAGGUUGAAUAUCCCUCAUUGGUAGAUUUGCGUGGCCUUCUCUUGGAUCUGGUUGCUCAACUCCUUGGGGCCUUAUCUCGCAUCAGGUUUAGCUCAGUAACUGAGCGCUUUUUCAUGGAGCUAAAUACACGUCGGAUUGACACUAGUAUGGCCCGAAGCGAAACGCUCAGUAUUGUCAACGGAAUGCGAUACUUGAAACUUGGGGUUAAGACUGAGGGGGGCCUAAAUGCAUCAGCUUCUUUGUGGCCAAAGCAAAUCCCUUGAACCGUGCUCCACACAAGCGCAAAAGUGAGCUCUACCAUGCACUCUGUAAUAUGCUCUCGAACAUCCUAGCUCCACUGGCAGAGGGUGGAAGAAACCAAUGGCCACCAUCAGGGGUACACAAUGCACUUACUCUAUGGUAUGAGGCUGUUGGCCGAAUAAGGAUGCAACUUAUACAUUGGAUGGACAAGCAAAGCAAGCAUAUAGCUGUUGGCUACCCACUUGUUACCCUUCUUCUCUGUCUCGGUGAUCCUCAAAUAUUUCACAGCAACCUAAGCCCACACAUGGAGCAACUUUACAAGCUGUUAAAGGACAAGAAUCAUCGUUUCAUGGCUCUGGACUGCCUUCAUCGAGUUUUGAGGUUUUACUUGAGUGUUCAUGCAGCUAGUCAGCCCCAGAACCGUAUAUGGGACUACCUUGACAGUGUAACUUCACAGCUCUUAGCUGUGGUAAGGAAAGGAACUCUUACGCAAGAUGUACAACAUGAUAAACUUGUUGAGUUCUGUGUAACGAUUGCGGAGCAUAACCUUGAUUUUGCCAUGAACCAUAUGAUAUUAGAGUUGCUAAAACAGGAUAGUAGUCCAAGCGAGGCAAAAGUUAUUGGUCUUCGUGCUUUGCUUGAUAUUGUCAUGUCACCUUCAAGUCCAUAUGUUGGCUUGGAAAUUUUUAAAGGACAGGAUAUUGGCCACUACAAUACCCAAAGUUGAGGGCAGCGAUUGAGUCAAUUUUGAGGUCUUGUCAUAGAGUUUACAGUCAGGCACUUUUGACAUCUUCAAAAACAACCAUAGAUGCUGUAACCAAGGAGAAGUCCCAAGGGUACCUCUUUCGUUCUGUAUUGAAGUGUAUACCCUAUUUGAUAGAAGAAGUUGGUCGAAGUGAUAAGAUCUCUGAAAUCAUUCCUCAACAUGGAAUAAGUAUUGAUCCUGGUGUCCGAGAAGAGGCUGUACUGGUAUUGAACCGGAUUGUUAAGUACCUUCCUCAUCGCCGAUUCGCAGUAAUGAGAGGAAUGGCGAACUUUAUUCCUUCGGCUUCCAGAUGAAUUCCCUCUUCUCAUUCAGACGUCAUUGGGACGUUUGUUGGAUCUCAUGCGUUUUUGGAGAGCUUGUUUGAUUGAGGAUAGAUUAGAUAUUGGUGUUGAUGAUACGAAGCGAGUGCCGCAGAGAAAUUCAGGAUUUAAAAAAUCUUCUUUCCAAUCCGACUGAAGCGAUUGACUUUCAUGCAUCAGACAUAGAUGCUGUUGGAUUAAUCUUUCUUAGUUCUGUAGAUAGCCAGAUUAGACAUACAGCACUGGAGCUACUGCGCUGUGUCCGUGCCUUGUGGAAUGAUAUAGCAGACCUGACAGUGUACACGCAGCUGGAUCUUAACUUGAGAACCGAACCAAUAUUUGUUAUUGAUGUCCUAGAAGAACAUGGGGACGACAUAGUUCAGAGCUGCUAUUGGGAUUCUGGGCGUCCAUUUGAUCUGAGACGAGAGUCUGAUGCAAUUCCUCCUGACGUGACUCUACAAUCUAUCAUUUUUGAGAGUCCAGACAAAAAUAGGUGGGCCAGGUGUCUGAGUGAACUAGUUAAAUAUGCUGCUGAGCUUUGCCCAAGCUCUGUUCAAGAAGCAAAAGUGGAGGUAGUUCAACGCCUUGCCCAUAUUACUCCAACUGAUUUAGGUGGCAAGGCUCAGUCGCUAGACGGAGACAACAAACUUGACCAGUGGCUCAUGUAUGCAAUGUUUGCAUGCUCUUGUCCCCCAGAUAGUAAAGAAUCUGGUGGCUUUCAAGCGGUGAAAGAUCUCUACCAUCUUAUUUGCCCGUCAUUAAGAUCUGGUUCUGAAGAACAUACAUGCAGCUACAAUGGCUCUUGGGCGCUCACAUUUGGAAGCAUGUGAAAUCAUGUUCAGUGAGCUCUCAUCUUUUGUUGACGAGGUUUCUCUGGAGACCGAGGCAAAGCCGAAGUGGAAGGUUGAAUUCAAGUUUAGUUUCAUGAUCGUGGAGACUUGACUCCAAUUUCCUACUCAUGCUUGUGCAGAGUCAAAAAUCACGCAGGGAAGAGCUCCGUCUACACAUUGCAAAUAUUUACCGCACUGUUGCUGAAAACAUCUGGCCUGGAAUGCUUAAUCGCAAACCUGUUUUCCGUCUUCAUUAUCUGAGGUUCAUCGAUGACACAACCAGGCAGAUCCUAACAGCUCCCACUGAGAACUUUCAGGAGAUGCAGCCUCUUCGGUAUGCUCUUGCAUCUGUUAUAAGAUUCCUUGCCCCUGAAUUUGUUGACUCGAAAUCAGAGAAAUUCGACCUCAGAACCAGAAAGCGGCUGUUUGAUCUUCUCCUGUCCUGGAGUGAUGACACUGGUAGUUCGUGGGUGCAAGAUGGCGCUAGUGAUUAUCGACGUGAAGUUGAACGGUACAAGUCUUCCCAACAUUACAGGUCAAAAGACUCUGUCGACAAAAUUUCAUUCGAUAAAGAUUUGAGUGAGCAGAUCGAGGCAAUCCAGUGGGCCUCCAUGAAUGCUAUGGCUUCACUCUUAUAUGGACCUUGUUUUGAUGACAAUGCAAGGAAAAUGAGUGGUCGGGUUAUAUCUUGGAUCAACAGUUUGUUUAACGAUCCUGCACCUAGGGCUCCAUUUGGUUACUCUCCAACUCCGUCUCACUCCAAAUACACAGGGGAAAGUGCACGUGGAGUUGCUGGUCGUGAUAGACACAGGGGCAGCCAUCAUCGUGUUGUGCUGGCAAAAUUAGCUUUGAAGAAUCUUCUUCUUACGAAUUUGGAUCUCUUCCCGGCUUGCAUUGACCAGUGCUAUUACUCUGAUGCUGCUAUUGCCGAUGGCUACUUCAGUGUUCUAGCUGAGGUCUAUAUGCGCCAAGAGAUACCAAAAUGCGAAAUACAGAGGCUUCUGAGCCUGAUCCUCUACAAAGUGGUGGACCCAAAUAGGCAGAUUCGUGACGAUGCCCUUCAGAUGCUGGAGACACUUUCUGUUCGCGAGUGGGCUGAGGAUGGGAUGGAAGGUUGUGGGGGGUAUCGAGCCGCUGUUGUGGGCAAUCUCCCUGACUCCUACCAACAAUUCCAGUAUAAGCUUUCAUGCAAACUAGCCAAAGACCACCCAGAAUUAAGCCAGCUUCUUUGUGAGGAGAUAAUGCAGAGGCAACUUGAUGCUGUCGACAUAAUUGCACAGCAUCAGGUGUUAACCUGCAUGGCCCCUUGGAUCGAAAACCUUAAUUUCUGGAAACUCAAGGACUCAGGGUGGAGCGAGAGAUUACUGAAGAGCCUUUAUUACGUCACGUGGCGUCAUGGGGAUCAGUUUCCGGAUGAAAUCGAGAAACUGUGGAGCACAAUUGCUAGCAAAGCAGGAACAUCAGUCCAGUUUUGGAUUUCUUAA